CCUUUGGUUCCUUGACCGUUUCCUUCGUUUUGCAUGUGUUAAUGGGCCCCGCGGUUCCAUACCGGCGGGCGACGUCUGAUUUAUACUGAUGGACCUGGAGUUUCGGGGUGUCAUGGCACCGCAUGGGCUGGCUACACAUGCGAGUCUCUUAACGCCCUCGGGCACCCCCAGCGACCUUCGGAACAACCCCAGAAUGCCCCGGCCCGUCACAGGUUUCGAUCUAUCAGCCAGGAAUUCCGAACCUUGCGAAAUGGAGAAGAUUCCCCCAAUCACGGGGAAGCGCCGGGGUGGUAGUAGAAAGGCUUGUAAUGAGUGUAAACAGCAAAAGUUGCGGUGUGAUAUCGUACAGACGCCCGCCGCAGCGUGCUCACGCUGUCGGCGACUUCAGAUAGAAUGCAAGGUCGAACCUAGCUUCAAGCGCAUUUCGAAAAGAAGGCGCAAUGCAGAGAUGGAAAAGGAAAUCGCAGAGCUCCGUCGACGACUAGCUACUUCUGCUGAUCAUCCUCAUGGCGUGGAAGCAACAGUUAGCGAUGAGCUAUCCCCAUGCUCAGAAGAGGUGUUCUGUGGCCCUGGUUCGGCCGUUUCGAACAGAACACGAACCCUAUCUGCUCCGCUGGAAGCGCAACCUCUGGCAACCCCCUUAACCAUCCAGAGGGGUGCUUCCAUUAUGUCCCAGGAGGAUAAUAUGUGGAGGUUAGAAGACGUCUCAUUGCCCCGACCAAGAGUCGCACGUUUAUUUGAACAGUACUUCAAAUAUUAUCAUCCCUUCCUGCCGCUUUUGAAUCCCCAAAAGCCUCCUGAAGAGUAUCUUCGUCGUUGCCCCUUACAGGCAUGGACGAUUAUCUGUGUCGCAAGUCGAAGGGCUCCAUCAGAGCCUGGUCUUCUCACUGCACUCUCUGGCCCCUUUAGUCGGCUCCUGUGGUCGACUAUUACGGGGGUUCCGCAGGACUAUCGUGUGGUGAAAGCUCUUUGUCUUCUCUGCACGUGGCCGCUCCCCACGACAAGUCAAAGAACCGACGCGACCUUUAUGCUUAGCGGAUUAAUGAUGCAGAUUGCCAUGCAAUUGGGGUUGCACCGGCCGGUGCAACCGGAGGAGUUCACAACCUUCCGCAUGGAAGUCCAAGGGGAGGCUGUAAAAGAUCGAAUACAAACAUGGGCCAUAUGUAAUAUUGUAGCUCAAAAUGUUGCUACUGGUUACGGGCAACCGCCUGGCACUAUCUACGACUGGGCGCUCGAGCCAGCGUCUCUCCAAGACGCGGAUUAUCACCCUUCCCAUGACCUCCAAACUCGGUUGCGUAUUGAGAAGUUCUGUGAUCGAGUGACGAAGUCAUUGUACAGUAGUAAACCUGAACCUGCGGAGUUUAUUAGCUCUGAGAAGUUGUUGAUUGUGCAGCUGUUGGAAAAUGAGCUGAGAGACAUGGAGGUCGACCUUGGCCGAGAUAUCUCUAACAUCAACAUGAUCCAUCUACGAGCAGCUGAGCUGCAUUUGCGGUACUUUGUAUUUUUAGGUUCUAACCCACGAAGCGACGAUUUAACGAAACUCUUCAUUGCCACCACGUCAUUCCUUGGACGAGUAUUAGACCUCGAAACAUCUCCUGGGGAGCUAAUUGGCCAUGCGACUAAUUACAUUCUUCAAAUGAUCGUAUCUGCUGCGUUUGCCUUGAUGAAGCUGUUGAAAAGUGACUUUAGCCGCCACAUCGACUUCGAUCAUGGGAAGCUUCUGUUCAACGGGGCUAUUUCGGCCAUUCGGCGAAUUAGCGUCAUGGAUCACGAUCGUCCGGUGCGCCUGGCCGAUAUUUUGGCUCAGAUGUGGAAUGCGGGGGGCUCCGAUCCCAGCGGAGAGGAGGCUCUACUGCUGAAGGUGCGCUGCCGAAUGAGUAUGAGCCACGUCUAUGAUACCGUUUGGCGUUGGCGGCAACGAUUUCGGCCGAUCAAGAGCGUCGAAGAUGCUCAAGCUUCUUUAGCCAACCCGAAUCUGUCGGCGACGGCUGGACCUGUUUCUCGACAGGACGAUUCACUAGAGGACCCCGGGUUGAUGUACGCGCCCAACUUCGACCAAGGAGGAGCAUUUAUCAGCGAGGUCGGAUUUUCCGAAGUGUUUGAUUCUCUCAACUGGGUGUUUGACGGCAUUCCGGACUCAUUUGUUGCUCCUCCCGUUAUGUAGACGUACUUGUGUAUCACCAUUUGGGUGGGAGCUCGUUCGACCCUAAUAACGUUUCCGCGUAAGAGGGAAUAUCAAAAGAAAAGUUCAUUGUGGAUACGAGAUUCAUUGUAUAUACUUUUUUAGCUAGAAAUGCAAUGCAAUAGCAGUUGGGGAUCCAACCGCUUUCAUAAACCACAUACCAAUCUGGUUAGUCAUCGCGCAGGGAUGAAUCGAACCCGCCUCCGCAUAUCCUGUCG